CAUGGACUGACUUGUUUGUUGUCGAGCAAGAUGGAGUUCCUUUUGGGAAAUCCUUACAGUACCCCUGUGGGGCAUUGCAUUGAGAGAGCCACUGAUGGCUCUCUGCAAAGUGAAGACUGGACCCUUAACAUGGAAAUAUGUGACAUCAUCAAUGAAACAGAGGAUGGGCCAAAGGACGCCAUUAGAGCAGUGAAGAAGAGACUGAAUGGCAACAGGAACUAUAGAGAAGUGAUGCUGGCUUUAACGGUCCUGGAGACGUGCGUUAAGAACUGCGGCCAUCGUUUUCAUGCUUUGGUCACCAGCAGGGACUUUGUUGAUGGUGUGCUUGUUAAAGUCAUCUCCCCUAAAAACAACCCGCCUACGAUCGUUCAAGAUAAGGUGCUCGCCCUGAUUCAGGCAUGGGCUGAUGCAUUCAGGAGCAGUCCUGACCUUACAGGCGUGGUCCAAAUCUAUGAGGAGCUGAAGAGGAAAGGCAUCGAGUUCCCCAAUGCAGAGCUGGACACCCUGUCACCUAUACACACACCUCAGCGGGCAGCAUCUGCUCCAGAGGGCGACUCCACCCUGCAUAAGUACAGCACCACCACUACUCAGCCCACGCCACAAGCUGUCCCACCAGCCUACACCACCCCUCAGGUCCCUAACAUUCAUGCCUCUGGAUCCAUCAAUCCUACGCCUGAACAGAUUUGCCGGCUGCGCAGUGAGUUGGACAUCGUUCGUGGAAACACUAAGGUGAUGUCAGAGAUGUUGACUGAGAUGGUCCCCGGACAGGAGGAUACUUCAGACUAUGAGUUAUUACAGGAGCUGAACAGGACUUGCAGAGCCAUGCAGCAGAGGAUAGUGGAGCUCAUUUCCUGUGUGUCCAAUGAGACGGUGACUGAGGAGCUGCUGCACGUCAACGAUGACCUCAAUAACAUUUUCCUACGCUACGAAAGGUAUGAGAGGUUUAGGUCUGGGAGGUCCUCGGCUCAGAGCGUCAACAAUGGGGUCCUGAGCGAGGCUACGGAGGACAACCUCAUAGACCUCGGCCCGGGCUCCCCGGCGGUGGUCAGCAACAUGCCGAACGCAGCCCCAACCAGCCUGCCCCCUGUCCUCACAGCCCCCGCGGGAAGGCCCUCCUCCCCGGCCACCCUGGCCUCCCGCCUGGCUGGUCUCGACAUGGGUGCAGACAGCGUGAGCAGCACCUUGAGCUCUCUGUCUAGCUGUAAGCCCCCUCCCUCCCAGGAUGACUUUGAUGUGUUUGCUCAAACCAGGACCGGAGCUCUGCCUGAACCAGCGCGCAGGAUCUCUACUGCAGAUGACAGCACUGCCACCGGCAGCCUCCCCCCCACCCUGGAUGUCCUACAGCCAGCUGCAGCAGCGGGUGUCGGAGGUCAGUCCUCUGUCAUGGAUGACAUAGAGGAGUGGCUGUGUACUGAUGUGAAAGGAGAUGAAGGUGAGGAAGGCGUGACGAGCGAAGAGUUUGACAAGUUCCUGGAGGAGAGAGCCAAAGCUGCAGAGAUGGCCCCCAGCCUACCGUCGCCCCCCAGUGGCGAACCGGGGGCAGCGCAGGGAACCCCCGGCCGCAAGAAGCCGGACCGGCCGGAGGACGCUUUGCUCGCCAUGUAGACCUCCCACCUUCGCCCUUCAGAUCCCCGGCCUAAGACCCGACCAUCCGAGCAGCAUCACCCGAGGACAGACUGACCUGACACUAAAACACAUCCACCUCCGCUCUUACUCAUCACAACACUACUCAGAUUCACACUACAGAGAUUUCUACAUGCUCUCCUUGUAAAAAGGGAAUUAUUCAUGUUUUCCGUUCAUUUCUCACAAGAAAGGGAAAACCAAACAAAUGGCCCGUUUUGAUACGAUGAAUCUCACCGGCACGAUGACCAGUGUCAGAGACUGUGAGGCAGCCUGCUUUUACCUUCUUCUUUCACGUGUGAAGAGUCUCCCUCCGCCUGUCGUGGACUGCAGAGCUUCAUGUUGCAGCUAAUCCUAAAAAUAGAGUUUUAUAAAAGAGGCGUCCUGCUGUUCUUGGCAUUUGUAGCAAAUCGGUUUUCUUACCCAAGCCCUUAAAGCAUGCAUUAACGCCACCGAGCUCGACCAUCUCAGUUUUUACAAUUAAAGAAACCCCCAGCAGAAAGCGUUCGGGUUGUUACUGCGGGAACGGCCGCCGCAGGCAGAGGCGGCGAGGACAUUGCUUUGUUUUGGUAUUUGUUUGUGUCAGUCCCUUUGCAAGUCACUCUGAGUUGUAAAUCUGUAAAUGACAAAUGUCAGUUUAUUGGUCGUGUGUAUAUUUAAGAUACAUAUGUAUGAAAGAGAUGUUGAUUUAAUGUAGAUUUUUGAAGAGGGGUUUAUCUUUGCAGCUGCUCUGACGACAGGGAUGUACCUCACUGGGGUUUUUCACUAGAGAAGGGAGCGCUUAUACAUCUGAUCAUUUACAGAGAAGAAGAAGGGCAUUUAGUUUUUGUGAUUGGCAUAAUUGCGCACCGCACCGACAAACCCUCCUCUGAGUCACAUGCUGUACAUUUCUCUUUGGCAGACUUAAUCGCAGUACUUUGAUGAUAUGUUGGUCACAAGAGAUUAUUUUGCUGGGAUUUUAUUCGCCUGAAGCUGCUGUCUAGUUGUAGUUUUAAUUCCAUCUGCUGAAAAAUACUAAUUACUCUCGUUUAUGGAAGCAUCCUCAAACUGAAUCCUUUUGUGUAAUGAAUUUACAUGGGUUGAGUUCACAGGGAGCCCUAAUGUUGUUUCCCAGUGAGAACUGGUCUUACUGGUCGCUGAAGAGACGCCGUUUAGCUCCUUCCUUGAGUCGAUCGUGCUGUAUGAUUCCUGCUCUGAAACCGAGGACCAAAUUCUUCUUCUCUCCUCCAGACGUGAGAGAUUCUGGAUAAUUGGGUUGCUCGCACAUGACCCGCUCCUCCAGAAUCCGCAGCCUCGCGUCCGGGGAUGUAAUGAGAAUUCGGCGUCGCACCGCAGAAGCCGCUUGCACAUUAUCGCCGUGCAUUUCCCCCCACCGCCCGUCGUCAUGCCGACGCCUUAAAAGGCCCGACCUUUUCGCCGUGACAUUUGUUUUCAGAAAUGAGCCGGCUGCAGACGUUAGCGCUACAAAUGAGACAUUUCGCUCCUCUGACAAUAACAAACGCAACGCGUUACACGAUCACAACAAGCUUAAAACGAGCACGCACUUUGGCAGCCGCGUCACCUUUCAACUCGUACUGUAAAUCACUUGACACUUAACCUGAUGUAAUUAAUGAGAGCUGUUCAGAAAAUAUUUGAGACUAGAAUUAAUUUAUUCAGCACUGUUUUUGUUUUGUUCAGAUCAGUAUUUUAAAUCAUUUUAUUGUGGGGGAAAUGGGAAAUGAGCUAUGUUUAGGGACAGAGUGAGAAAUCCUCAUGAUGGUGUCUGUUUUAGCGUUCCUGGCUUUUGUUUAUGGAGUUCAAACUUUCCCUUUUAUACAUUGCUGCUGGCUAAUGUUAUCUCAUUUGUCGAGGUUUAUCGGUUAUCUGGAUAUCCUCAUUGGCUGAACGUGUCCAUGCGCUCAAAGCGUGGACGCGGUUUGUGAGGGCAGUCGUAGCUGGAAGAGAAUCACACCAUUUGUCUCAUGAAGGAUACACGUUUUGUUCGCUCUUAAUCUUCUGGACUGACUAGCACACGACAGCAACAGACAUCAUUAACUUACUUUGGACACUUUAGACAAAGCAUCGACAUUGCACAUUUUGAAAGGGAAACCUCAUUUCUGCUCCUGGUUCCUUGUUUUAGUGUUCAACUUGUGUGUGCGUGUGUGUGUCAGCUGUUCUGUAACACAGAAAUGUUUUAUCUCAGUUGAUUGGGGGCAAGAAAAAAAAAACAUAGCCUCCAAAUGUAUGUUCAAAAGAAACCAUGUCAUUACCCUGUUUGAUGGCGGCCUGGAUCGGCCUGGUGUGUAUCGGCAACGUGCACCUGAAGCACGUCAGACCUGUUUCUGCAGAGCAACAAUACGUUUCUUUGUGCGUCUCGGGGUGAUAUGAGAGGAGAUGCUGAUAAGGGAGGCUGUGCUGUGUGGAUGCCACUUUCCUGGGUUGCCUCAUCUCAUUUCUCUUUGUGUUGUUUGACUUCUGCAUGAACUCUAAUAAAACAUUA